CUUCCUGCAGUCGGGUAGGCGGGGCCAGUGACGUCUCCCUCCUGAGCAAUGUGUCAAUCGCGGGCUCCGUGCUGCAUCUCAGUGCACGGCAGGAGCUCAGUACCCACCGUUUGUCCUCCUCCACUGUGGGUGCAAUGGAUGGUGCAUUUGGAUCUGUUUCUAUAGUCUCUGAUAAAAAUGAUAUAAUCGCACUUGGAGAAGAACAUCCUGAAGAUAAAGUUUACCAAAAGAAAGUGCAGGAUAUUAGUCGAAAAUAUGCCUACUUCAGAAAAACACUUGGUGAUGGCAACUGCUUUUAUCGAGCACUAAGCUUUGCUUACUUGGAAUCGUUACUUGGAAGUAAAAAGGGAAUACAAAAACUUAGAAAGAAUUUAAUGCGAAGUCGAGAAGAACUUUCAUCUGCUGGAUUUGCUGAAAGCAGAUUUGAAAAUUCAUUCACCACAUUUAUGGAUAUGAUUGACCUGGUGGAAACAGAUGGUUCGGUUUCAAAACUUCUUGCUGCUUUCAACGACCAUGGUGUUUCAGAUCACCUAGUACAAUAUCUUCGACUGCUAACAUCUGCAUACUUGCAGAAACGGUCUGAGUUCUUUGAGCUUUUCCUUGAGGGAGGUGUAAGUGUUAAAGAUUUCUGCACUCAGGAAGUGGAACCAAUGGCUAUAGAGAGUGAUCACAUUCAUAUCACCGCGCUGACGCAAGCACUGAGUUUACCAAUCCAAGUGGAAUAUAUGGACAAAACGGACACUGAAGUUAAUCAUCAUGUCUUUCCUGAAGGAGCAAAACCUUCAGUUUACCUACUUUACAAACCAGGCCAUUAUGACAUACUUUAUAAAGCAAAUAAACCAAAAUAGUCUUCAGCUUGCCUUGUGAUAUCAAAACAGUUAUAGUGCUUGGAACAGGGAUGAGGGAAGAGGAACUAAUUUUUGAUAAAUUUAUGAUCACAAUCUUUAAACCACCUUUCUGCACAAUACAAAAUGAAUGUACAUUCCUCAUGAAAGAGUUAAUUUAGUAUUGUUGUCAUAAUUAUAAAGCAUGGUUGUAUUCUACUGUGUAUAAAUAUCUGUAUCUUUCAAUAUAGCAAAUAAUCCAUUCUGAUAGUGGCUUUUUCUCCUUUUUCCUUUCAAUAACCAUUUCUGUGUGCCAUUUGAUUUAUUUUUUGAUCUACACUGAAACAGUAUUCAUGGAUAGAGACUUAUCCUUCAGAACAAAAAAAAAUCCUCCUUACAAAGACAGGUGAGACUUGAAUCUUUACUAGUCCAAAAUUUUAAUGUUACCACGACUUUAUUUUCUAUCUAGUAAUUAAGUAGACUUUAUUGUAGGUAAAAAAUCAAUGCAAGCACUCUUGUAGCAGAUAAAACAUUUGAUUCUUUACGCAGAAUAAGCACAUGCAGUAAUAUGGAUUUUGAUCUGCAAAUAACAAUCAUAUCUAAAUUGAAAUGCAAGGAUUGGAAGCAUUACAUGUAAUGGUACAACUAUAGUGAAAAGUGACUUUCUACAUAAGUAUAUAUUCAUAACUAUCACAAUGGCUUGUAUUCUCAGUUAAUACAUGUUUGGAAAGUAAAUGGUUAUAGUAGGACCAAAUUCUCCCACAUAAGCACUUUACCAUCUGAAACAGUUCACACUUUUGGAUUGUACUCAUCAGCACUGUGAAACACAGAAGCUUUUUAUCUUUUAAUAAUGUUUUAAGUUCUAUACUACCAAGUAUUUUUAAGUAAAGCUCAUGAACAUUUCUAAAUCUCUUCUGCUGCUCUUGCAUUUCAAGUAGUAUUUAUUGUUAACAAUCUUUCAGUUGUAGGAGAUGCUAUUUUCUGUAGGAUGAAAUGUGGUAUCUUAUUGACGACUUGUUCCGAGAGUGACUCAGACUGGUUUAGCCUUGCUUUGUUUAGUAAUCAGAAUUCUUAGAGACCUGCCUUGCACAUUC